AUGAAGGCCGCAAUUUAUUUCAGCGUUUUCUGCAUGACCGCUUCGUCGGCACUCGCCUACCAUGAUUUUGGAUCUGAUGCAGGCUACGAUGCUGAUCGUCCGUUGUCCGCGCUCGAAACUUUGGAAGCUCUCAGCAGGGACUAUAGCUAUGGUUAUGAUGAUGAUUAUGAACAGGAUCUGGAUUGGGACAGGGAUUAUAUGGAAAAGGACCAUAAGUAUAAAGGUAAAGACUAUAAGUAUAAGGAUAGAGGCUAUAUCAGCCGCCGUUAUCGCAACCGGCGCCUUUCGAGACCGUACUCAGAUGACAGAAACGGUGCCCCCAAAAAGCCCACAAAGUUUGGUAUCGUAGUCUACCCCGGCUUCCAGGCACUAGAUGUCUUUGGCCCUCUUGACAUCCUCAACACACUCUCUGAAAGCGUCAAGAUGGAUCUCACCAUCAUCUCCAAAACCUGGCAACCUGUCUCCACCAAGGGACCUGAGAUGAAAAACAUUUGGAACGCCGGCUCCAGCUUCUCACAGCAGAUCUGGCCCACUGCGACCUUUUCCACAACUUCCAAAGACCUUGAGGUCCUCAUCGUCCCUGGUGGUAUCGGUGCUUUCAAGAUCGAUCAGGAGUACAUCGACUUCAUCAAGGGCACCUACCCUAAGCUUAAGUACCUCAUUACAGUUGGUACUGGCUCUGGCAUCGUUGCUAGGACUGGUGUUCUUGAUGGAAAGAAGGCUACCAGCAGCAAGGCGAUCUGGAACUGGUCCGUUCAGCAAGGCAAGAAGGUACACUGGCAGCGCAAGGCCAGGUGGACCGUGGAUGGGAAGAUCUGGUCUUCGUCUGGAAAGGCGGCAGGGAUGGACAUGACAUUUGCGUUUGUGAACGAGGUCUUUGGCGGGAAGAACUCAACCAAUGUGGCGAACUUGUUGGAGUACCCGCGCAAUCGCCGCGCUGACUUCGACCCGUACUCGAACGUCUGGAGGACUACCAAAUCGAACGGCACCAUGACUCGCAAGGAUAAGAUGAGGAACAACUUCUUGUAA